AUGUUGAUCCGGAGUUCGGAGUUGAGCGACGAGAUAAACGCUCUCAAUGCGAUCUAUGGCGAGAACACCGUUACAGUCACAUUCCACAACCAUCAUCACACUACUAUUGUUCUGAAACUCCCCAAUCUAACAUAUGGCUUUCUACUCCAAAUCCCGAGUACAUACCCUAAUUCUAUCCCAAGAGUGAUGGGAGUGGACGACCUGGCCCAGAGCCGCGACCUCAGCGUUCAGCAAUCUGCUACCUACCUUCAUGCCUGUAUCGCUGCGGUCCAUCAGCCUCGUUCGGUCUGUUUGUACGAUGCGAUCGAUGAGCUGGCACCAAUAUUACAUCUGCAGAGGAAGCAACGUCAGUAUAGGUGCCGCGAAGAUGCCAUGGAAGUGCUCACUGAACAGUCCAUUGCAUUAAGGGAUCUGGCCGUCAGAGCAAAAAGCAGAUCAUUCCAAUUCCAAAGUAACAUUGACGACAACUUCCCGGGCGUGUCAGAUUGUGCCGCAUGCAUGGAACCUUUCUUCAAAAUCAUGAUGACGAAUCUUCAAUGCCAACACUCUUUCUGUCGAGAGUGCCUCCAUGAUGCGUCCCCUCUCUACUGA